AUGGCUACUCCUAGUGCUACUAGCAGUAUACCACCGCCGCCGACGUUUGACGAAGUACAGAAAACUCUAACUAAAACAUCUUCAAAACCGGCAUCAAUAUUCAGCAGUGACGAUUUCCUUUACAACUUCCUCAGUAAUUGCUCUCAUUGUCAGCGUAUAGUCUCUAUGAAUAAGGAACCAAGUUUUCAAUGUGAACAAUGUCCACAAGGUUUCGGUGUCUGUGCUGAAUGUAAGCCAUUGAUGGCUACACAUCAUCCUUCCGCACAUGUAUUUUCACAAAAGCCUCUCGAUCAUUGGGCAAGAGAAGCAUACGGCUAUUUUCACUUAGAUGUCAAAUGUGAUAGCUGCUCUGCACGACAUUUCAACGGAAACCGGCGCCAAUGUGAAGAAUGUCCAGUAACUUAUGAUCUUUGUGACAAAUGUUUUGGAAAGAAGCAUAUAGAGCAUCAGAUGAAAUAUAUACAAAAUCCUCUGUUAUAUAAUAAUAAUCGACGAGCGUUAGCUCGACGAACGAUAGCUUUGGCUGAAAAGAGCAAUGAUGGCGAUCUUAAUUGGCGUGACUCAUCGACUGGGUGGACGAAAUCCGAUGCUGAAUUAGUUGAUCAACAAGCAAAACAAGAGCAAGCGAAUUAUUACAAUCGAUUACAACAAAUUCGCGAUAACGACAAAGAAUUUGCGAAACAACUGCUUUAUGAUACACAACGACGCAUCCAGGACACAUUUUCUGACGGUUGGAGUCGAUUGGCGUCGAUAUUUAAAAUGCUCAAAACAAUUGAUUAUGAACGAAUAAAACAAGGUCAAUCACGCGAUCCUAUUCUUCGUUUUGAACGGAUUAAACUUGAGGAAAAGUCUACACGAAUUAAUGCGUAUAAAUAUGUACUGGUCCAAACAGAGAUCAGUCUCUGUGAUAGAGGAUCUUCUUCUGUCCUUCGAAACACCAAAACUAAACUUAAUUCACCUACUGGCCAUGUUGGUGUCAAUGUAACAUGGACAUUUGAAGUUGGUAAUAUCACAAGAAUUCAUAUGGCUAUCUAUAAAAUGCAGCCAGCUCAAUGGGCCGCUAUUGGUCUUAAUCGUAAUCAAUCCAUGGCCCCAGCUCAUGUGUUUGUUUGUAGACGACUCGCUAAUGGUACUAUUGAUGUGAAUAGAUAUAUGAAUCCUGGCAUGCAUCUUCAUCCUGUUCCGGCUGGAAUAGCGCAAGGUGGAGUGUUUACAGCAGAAAAAGCUACAUUUGAUGCAGGUGUAGUUAUUUGUCAAUUUACAUUAUCAAAUUUUACUACUAUGGAAAUGACAAACUCGAACGAUGUACCGAUACUUUCACAAUCGACACUCUAUCAUCCGUUAGUUGCUAUUGGACCACUCAAUGCUACAAAUAGUAUGAAAGAACAUGGCAUUGAUUCCCACAAGGCUCUCCCUCAGCUUGUACAACUCAAUCGUUCAGAAAUCGUAACAUAUCAUCUCGAAUCAUCAAAAGUUAACAUUUCAAAUUAUUUUUAA